ACCAGCGUCUGGGCCACCUCAGAGGCGGAGCUUGGCUGCACCCACGUGUGGUGGAGUUAAAUACUCAGAGCCUACACCCAUUGGGGCAGAGAAGCUAGAAGCGGCACCAUGGCUGGCAAGAAAGUCUGCAUUGUCGGCUCCGGGAACUGGGGCUCAGCCAUUGCCAAGAUCGUGGGCAGCAAUGCAGCUCGCCUGGCACACUUUGACCCGCGGGUGACCAUGUGGGUGUUUGAGGAGGACAUCGGGGGCAGAAAGCUAACUGAGAUCAUCAACACGCAGCAUGAGAAUGUUAAAUACCUGCCAGGGCACAAGCUGCCCCCCAACGUGGUGGCUAUCCCAGAUGUGGUCCAGGCUGCUACAGGUGCUGACAUCCUGAUCUUCGUGGUGCCCCAUCAGUUCAUUGGCAAGAUCUGUGACCAGCUCAAAGGUCACUUGAAGGCCAAUACAAUUGGCAUAUCUCUUAUUAAGGGGGUAGACGAGGGCCCCAAAGGGCUGAAGCUCAUCUCUGAAGUGAUUGGGGAACGCCUUGGCAUCCCUAUGAGCGUGCUGAUGGGGGCCAACAUUGCCAGCGAGGUGGCCGAGGAGAAGUUCUGUGAAACAACCAUUGGCUGCAAGGAUGUGGCCCAGGGACAGCUCCUGAAGGAGCUGAUGCAGACGCCCAACUUCCGCAUCACUGUGGUACAAGAGGUAGACACAGUGGAGAUUUGUGGGGCCUUAAAGAAUAUAGUGGCCGUCGGGGCUGGCUUCUGUGAUGGGCUCGGCUUUGGUGACAACACCAAGGCAGCAGUGAUCCGGCUGGGGCUCAUGGAGAUGAUCGCCUUUGCCAAACUCUUCUGCAGUGGCUCCGUGUCCUCGGCCACCUUCCUGGAGAGCUGUGGUGUUGCCGACCUCAUCACUACCUGCUACGGAGGGCGGAACCGCAAGGUGGCAGAGGCCUUCGCUCGCACUGGAAAGUCCAUCGAGCAGCUGGAGAAAGAGAUGCUGAAUGGGCAGAAGCUCCAGGGGCCCCAGACAGCCCGGGAGCUACACAACAUCCUUCAACACAAGGGCCUCGUGAACAAGUUUCCCUUGUUCACGGCUGUGUACAAAGUGUGCUACGAAGGGCAGCCAGUGGGUGAAUUCAUUCACUGCUUGCAGAACCACCCAGAACACAUGUGAGUGGAGCCAGGUCGCAGGACAGGCAGCUCCUUUGCCCCACCGGAGACAAGCUUGUGACAGCUGUCAUAAGACUGAGCUCCAGCACUCUCAGCCAGCAGGGUCCUCACUGACGGACACUGAGGCUGUGGGCCUCAGCUACGCACCUGGAGAUACAGGAUUGCUGCAGAGCCUGCGGCCCCUUCAGGAUUGGUGCUUCCUCGCUGUCUUCUGAGAAGUGUAGAAUCAAGCCCCAGUGCUGCCUGCUCCGGGGGUGGGAUGGGGGGAAGGGAAGGUGCAGGGCAAGGGCUGCCCUUUGCUGCCUCACACACACACACUGGGACUUUGUCCCCAGCCCAUCAAGUGGCAGGAAGAAGGAGGCAAAGGCUGCCAAGGGAAGGGUCUAGACACCUGAGCUGACAGAGACCCCAGAGACCCCAUGGCUGACCUCUGCUAGGCCACACGCAGCAUCAAUGAUCUCAGUGUUUGCUAGCAAAAUACAAAGAUCUCCAACAACUUCCUUCUAACUUCUCCUAGCAACAAUUGCAUUCUCAGAAGCCUCUGCUCAUUCUCCUUCCCCUCCCCAGGCUACGCUGGCACAAGAGUUGCUCCGGACUGGCAUCUCUGGCCCGGGGGCUUGCCAUGCUUCCCAGUGACUUCCUGGUUCCUAGAGCUUUGCCAGUGCCUCCCCACCCUGUGUGACCUUUCAAAGCUUUUCCUUGCCUGUACCAGGUCACCAGCACCCUCUUUGGGGAGCAGGAAUUUAAUCUGCUGACCGAGCUAGCUACACUUUUUCAUAGCAGGCUCAGAUCACCCAGGCUCCCCUGACCUUCUUAUUUGUCCCGCCCUCUUAGUCAGUAGCUCUGGCUGGGGGAAGUGUCAGCUAGCCUUUCCUUCCCAACCCUAUCUUUCUUCUCAGGGUCCUCCCCACAAGGCCACUUCACUUUGGCAUCAGCACCACCUUCUUGUUUAACACAACGCAGGAUCCAUACUCAUCUUCUUCAGCUCCUUCAUCCAUCCCAUUUUCUUGACUCUUUGCCUUCAGCUGUCCUCAGACUACCAGGAGUGCUAGUCAGCAUCUGAAGUAGCUCAAAGGUUCGGUAGGUUUCCACAGUGGCUGGUGGCUCUUGAGAGUCCAGUGCCAGCUCUUCUUGGAAUGAGGUCCUCGUGAAGCCCUGACCACACACUAGGAGCUGGAAAAAUCAAGGGAGGGACCACUGCAAACAACUUGCCCUGGGGUGAGGGAAAAACAGGAUGGGGGAUGGGAAGUGUGCUCUUCACUGGCCUUUUUCCAAGGCCCGGGCAGCCGGAGAAUGUCACAGAUCAGCAGCCUGGAGCCCUAGCUAUAAAUAGCCCCUGAGAGUCGAGAGAGGUUUCUUCCUCCAGCAGGGGUCUCUAUUUCGUGUGUGGCAGCAACUGGCACACUGUGGCUCUCGCCAGCUUUAUGUUAAACUAACACACUAAAGUGCCAAGCGCUUCUCUGCUCCUAGCCCUUAAGAAUUCGGUCUUACCAACGAAGGUCGGGUAAGGUGAAGAGGGGGAGCCCUUUCAUCCAUCAUGCUGGGCCGGAACCCUCCCACGCAUUGACUGAAUUCAGAGCUGCCUCCCAGGAGGCUGGGGUAGGAUGCAGACAUAGAUUCCAACACCUGUGCUCUGAUCAGUCAGUCAACUGUGAAUCUGAGGCCUUCUGUCAGGCCACUUGUCCACCCAAUAAAGUGUGGUUUUUCCAGAAA